AUGAAGUUUGGCCACAAGAGGCUGCAGGAAUUCAAGGCUCUGUUCAAUGAUAUUACAGAGUUUUUAGCACAGUAUGUGUGGUUCUUUCGAGAAGAAAUAAAAAGAAAGCAUAUUUUGGAGCUUAGUGCUGGUACUGCACUUCCAGGAAUUGUAGCCUCAAAAUGUAACGCAGCAUCUGUGACUCUCAGUGAGCAUAUUCUUUCCCCAAACUAUUUUGAUGACAUAUUUGUUACAUUGUCAUACAUAUUGGAAAAGAAUGAUAAGUGUGAAAUUUGGUGCACUUACCAAAUACGAAGUACAGAUAAGUCUCUUGUGUACCACUUAGAACAGUGGAAUUUGGCUUGUGUCUAUAUUCCACUGAGCAGCUUUGAAGCCAAUGGACCCUGUGUAGCAGAUUCAAAUUAUCCUGGAAACCACACAAUUGAAAUGCUCAAGAUAUUCAAAAAAAAUACUUGA